AUGGGCAACGACCAAAAGCUCGGUGCCUAUUAUGCACCCAAGGGCGGAUUGCCACCACAGACACAGAUCCUCACCGACCGUGCCAUGUUCACCGAAGCGUAUGCAGUAAUUCCCAAGGGAACCUUCAGCGAUAUUGUUACAAGUUUCCUGCCAUUCUGGGAUAACACGCGGUUGUGGGUGAUUGCCCGCCCGCUAUCGGGCUUUGCCGAAACAUUUUCGCAAUACAUCAUGGAAGUACAACCUGGGGGCGGCAGUGACCGAGGUGAAACGGAUGACAGUGCACAAGGUGUUGUGUUUGUUGUCGAGGGCGAAGUGACGAUCACACUGGGAACCCAAAAACACACGCUUACCGAAGGCGGCUAUGCCUACCUACCACCGAAAAGCGGCUGGACCCUACGAAACACAGGCAAUAACACCGCUCGCUUCCAUUGGAUUCGCAAGGCAUACGAAUACGUGGAUGGAAUCGACACGCCUGAGCCGCUUUUCCUCAACGAAAAGGAUGUUCCGCCUACACCGAUGCCGGACACCAACGGUGCUUGGGCAACUACGCGAUUUGUUGACCCGACCGAUCUGCGCCAUGACAUGCAUGUCACCAUUGUCACUUUUGAGCCCGGCGGUCUGAUCCCCUUCGCGGAAACCCACGUUAUGGAACACGGACUUUACGUACUAGAAGGGAAAGCCGUAUAUAGGCUCAAUCAGGACUGGGUGGAGGUGGAAGCAGGCGAUUUCAUGUGGUUGCGCGCCUUUUGCCCGCAGGCCUGUUAUGCGGGUGGCCCUGGAAAAUUCCGCUACCUGCUAUACAAGGAUGUGAACCGGCAGAUGAAGCUAUCGCGAUUGUGA